UUCAGUGUGUCUCAUCCCUUUCUCUUGCAGGAUCUUAUGAUUCUCCGUAACAGCUGCUACCUGCCAGAGAAGGGUUCUGAGGCCGCCCAACCCAUGAGUGGGCACCGAAGCAUAAAGAGGAGAUGUGGGGAGUCACACCUGGAGUCCCCCACGGGCUGCAGUCAUGGUCCUGCUGCUGGCUGUGUCUUGAGCAAACUGGUUCAGCUGCCCACUCCCCCCUUGUCAAAGCACCAGCUGAAACGGUUAGAAGAACACAAGUAUCAGAGUGCUGGACGAUCCCUGCUUGAACCCCUAAUGCAGGGUUACUGGGAAUGGUUAGUUGGGAGAGUUCCAGCCUGGAUUGCCCCCAAUCUCAUCACCAUCAUUGGACUGUUAAUAAAUAUAUUUACAACUCUGCUAUUAGUAUAUUACUGCCCAACAGCUACGGAACAGGCACCUCCCUGGGCAUACGUUGCUUGUGCAUGUGGCCUUUUCAUCUACCAGUCUCUGGAUGCUAUAGAUGGGAAACAAGCAAGAAGGACAAAUAGCAGUACUCCAUUAGGAGAACUCUUUGAUCAUGGCUGUGAUUCACUCUCCACAGUCUUUGUGGUUUUGGGAACUUGUAUUGCUGUGCAGCUGGGAACCAACCCUGACUGGAUGUUCUUUUGUUGUUUUGCUGGGACGUUCAUGUUUUACUGCGCGCACUGGCAGACCUACGUCUCUGGAACCUUGCGCUUUGGCAUAAUUGAUGUGACUGAAGUACAAAUCUUCAUAAUAAUCAUGCAUUUACUGGCAGUGAUUGGAGGACCACCUUUUUGGCAAUCUCUGAUUCCAAUCCUGAAUAUCCAGAUGAAAAUAUUCCCAGCUCUCUGUACUGUGGCAGGAACCAUAUUCUCUUGCACAAACUACUUUGGUGUGAUCUUCACAGGUGGAGUUGGCAAAAACGGAUCCACUAUAGCAGGAACGAGUGUCCUCUCCCCUUUUCUUCAUAUCGGGUCAGUGAUUGCCUUAGCUGCAAUGAUCUACAAGAAAUCUGCAGUGCAGCUCUUCGAAAGGCAUCCCUGCUUAUACAUACUCACUUUUGGUUUUGUAUCUGCUAAGAUAACAAACAAACUCGUGGUUGCCCACAUGACCAAAAGCGAGAUGCACCUCUAUGACACAGCAUUCAUAGGCCCAGCACUGUUGUUUCUGGACCAGUAUUUUAACAGCUUUAUUGAUGAGUACAUUGUACUCUGGGUUGCUCUGAUCUUCUCCCUCUUUGAUUUGCUCCGAUACUGUGUCAGUGUGUGUAAUCAGAUUGCUGCCCAUCUGCACAUCCACGUGUUCCGAAUCAAGUCCUCCACACAUUCUAACCACCAUUAGGAAACGGGGAGUCACCAGAAGGAGAACUAAAGAAAGAGCUGGUUUUCUACAUGAAAGGAUGUGAAGAUACAUAGGAGACUAAGGCAAAAAGCAGAUAAGAACAAAGUAAUUUAUCAUAAUCAGUGUUGUAUAACUUUUAUUCUUUGUUAUCAGUAACACUCCUUAACUAGUCUCCUGCCUGAGAGAGUGAAUUCCAAGUACACCCUAGUCAACUCUACAUGUAGUCAACUCUUGGUUCGAAGCCCAGGGAAGCAUGCAGGGAGUAAUGCUCUGUCUUUGUAAUUACCUUGAUUACAAACUAAUCUAUCUAUGGUGAAUGGAUCCCCAACAGCUGACGUUUCUAAUGUAGUAGAAUUACAGCUGCAAUUAAGACUUGCUUUUAAUUUUAAUAUUUCAUCAUCUCUUAGUGAAAUACUUGUUUAGUGUCCACUUGAAAUUUCUUUACUAAAGACCUGAGCUGGUAAAACCAGAGAUAUCUCACUACUUGUGCAGCUGAAGCAGCUCUCGGGGCUUGAGUCCAGACUGAGGUGGUUCCUUUUGCUUGUGUGUUGCUGGUAAAGCGGUUUCUUGCUAAAGGACAACGUGUUGAACAGGGUUCUGCAAGUCAAGGGAUGAGGAGUGCAAAAGAGUGUGGUAUCUUUGUCAAUUUUAUUUUUUUAAAUAAACAGUAUCUAAAAAAGCCCACUUCCUGCUCACUUUUCUUCAG